AGAGCACAAGAUCAUUAGUACAAGUUUGCUUCAAAUAUGAGUUCAGAAGAGAAGAGUUUAUCUCCAGCUCACAAAACAUCCACUCCAUCCCAUCGAAGUGCCUCCUCUUCAUCAUCAUCUCAGAGGGACAGGAGGCAGAGCAUACAUAUUUUGGAGCGGAAAGCUUCUUCAGGAAGCACAGACCCUUCUUUAAGCAAGCAGUUCCUCGAAAGUGACCCUAUCUCUUUAUCCAAGGAACCUGACAGCUGGGAAAUCAUAGAGGGUCUGAAAAUAGGUCAGACCAAUGUCCAGAAGCCAGACAAACAUGAAGGUUUCAUGCUGAAAAAGAGAAAAUGGCCUCUAAAAGGUUGGCACAAGAGGUUUUUUGUCCUGGAUAAUGGAAUGUUGAAAUAUUCAAAGUCACCAAUUGAUAUACAGAAAGGCAAAGUCCAUGGUAGCAUUGAUGUUGGUUUAUCAGUUAUGUCUAUAAAAAAGAAGGCUCGUAGAAUAGAUCUUGACACAGAAGAACACAUCUAUCAUCUGAAGGUGAAGUCACAGGAUUCAUUUGAUGCCUGGGUUUCAAAAUUACGCCACCACCGGUUGUACCGUCAGAAUGAGAUUGUGAGAUCUCCAAGAGAUGCUAGCUUCCAUAUAUUCCCUUCAGCCUCUACAACAGAGUCAUCACCAGCUGCUAAUGUGUCAGAUGGAAAGGUGCAGCAAAAUAGCCUCCCCUGGCAGUCUCCUAUACCUUGCAGUAACAGCCUUCCUGCUACCUGCACUACUGGUCAGAGUAAAGUAGCGGCCUGGUUGCAGGAUUCUGAAGAGAUGGACAGAUGUGCAGAAGAUCUUGCUCAUUGCCAAUCAAACCUUGUGGAACUCAGUAAACUUCUUCAAAAUUUAGAAAUACUACAGAGAACUCAGUCAGCACCAAAUUUCACAGACAUGCAGGUUCCUUUCAGUGCUACAAUGUCACCUGUUCGACUGCAUUCAUCCAAUCCCAACCUUUGUGCAGACAUUGAGUUUCAGACUCCCCCAAGCCAUGUAACUGACCCUCUGGGAUGCUCUGCUGAGUACAUGAAGCUUCAAGAAGAAUUCUGCCUGAUGGCACAAAAAGUGCAUUCUCUUUUGAAGUCUGCCUUUAACAGCAUAGCUAUAGAGAAGGAGAAGCUUAAGCAGAUUGUUUCAGAGCAGGAUCUUACAGGACACAACGCUCAAGUAGCACACCUCAGACAGUCCCUCUCUCAGGCUCUCAACCAGAAUGCUGAACUAAGGAGUCGCUUGAACAGAAUACAUUCAGAAUCUGUUAUUUGUGAUCAGGUUGUCAGUGUAAAUAUUAUCCCUAGUCCUGAUGAGACAGGUGAACAAAUUCAUGUCAGUUUGCCACUGUCUCAGCAAGUUUCUAAUGAGAGCAGGCUCUCUAUGUCUGAAUCCGUUUCAGAGUUCUUUGAUGCACAGGAAGUGCUUCUAUCUGCCAGCUCAUCAGAAAACGAGGCUUCUGAUGAUGAAUCUUAUAUCAGUGAUGUGAGUGAUAAUAUAUCUGAGGAUAACACCAGUGUUGCAGACAACAUUUCUCGGCAAAUUCUUAAUGGUGAGCUAACGGGAGGUGCAUUCAGGAACGGACGGAGAACUUGUCUCCCAGCUCCCAGCCCUGACACCAGUAAUAUCAAUCUGUGGAAUAUUUUGAGAAAUAACAUUGGCAAAGAUCUUUCCAAAGUAUCCAUGCCUGUUGAGCUAAAUGAACCUCUGAAUACCUUGCAACAUCUUUGUGAAGAGCUGGAAUACAGCGAACUUUUGGACAAAGCUGCUGAAACAGAUGAUCCUUAUGAACGCAUGGUUCUCAUAGCUGCUUUUGCAGCAUCAGGCUAUGCCUCUACAUACUUCAGAGCAGGAAGCAAGCCAUUUAACCCAGUGCUUGGUGAAACUUACGAAUGUAUUAGAGAAGACAAAGGAUUUAGAUUUUUCUCGGAGCAGGUUAGCCACCAUCCUCCCAUUUCAGCCUGUCACUGUGAAUCGAAGAACUUUGUGUUUUGGCAAGAUAUCAGGUGGAAAAACAAAUUCUGGGGGAAAUCAAUGGAGAUUCUGCCAGUUGGAACCUUGAAUGUGACUCUACCAAAGUAUGGAGACUACUAUGUCUGGAACAAAGUCACAACUUGCAUACAUAAUAUUCUUAGUGGAAGGAGGUGGAUAGAACACUAUGGAGAAAUAACUAUCAGAAACACAAAAAGCAGCAUUUGUAUUUGUAAACUUACAUUUGUCAAGGUGAACUACUGGAAUUCAAAUGUAAAUGAGGUCCAGGGUGUUGUGAUAGAUCAAGAGGGGAAGGUGGUUCAUCGCCUUUUUGGAAAGUGGCACGAAGGCCUUUAUUGUGGGGUUGCGCCUUCAGCCAAAUGCAUAUGGAGGCCAGGCUCCAUGCCAACCAAUUAUGAACGUUAUUAUGGCUUCACGAGAUUUGCUAUUGAGCUCAAUGAAUUAGAUCCUUUACUGAAAGAUCUUCUUCCUGUGACGGAUGCACGAUUCAGGCCAGAUCAAAGGCUUCUGGAGGAAGGAAAUAUAGAAGCAGCAGCAUCUGAGAAACAAAGAAUAGAGGAACUCCAGAGAGGUCGGAGGCGAUACAUGGAAGAAAACAACAUUGAAUAUAGACCCAAAUUUUUUAAAAAAGUUAUUGAUGCUAAUCAAAGAGAAGCCUGGGUUACCAAUGAUACCUACUGGGAACUGAGAAAGGAUCCUGGCUUUAGUAAAGUAGAAAUUCCCAUACUCUGGUAAACUGAGAAUGUAGAUCUAGUAAACAUAUCACUCUGAA